UCAGAAGCAGUGAGGUGCAGUUCUGAUAGGGUGUUUGAGAUAGGUGUCUUUGGUUUUUUCCGUUAAUGGUUUUGAAGUUUUACGUUAGAAUUAUUGUACAGUGUUGUGAUUCAAGAAAUGUGGGAGUGACGUGUGGUUUUAUUUACUCUUUUGGUGUUUAUUGUUUGCUAUAAGUUUUAUGUAGAGCAGAAGGUGAAAUAGUCUUUGUGAAGACGACGAGUUUUUAAAAUGAGUUGGGGAACCGAACUUUGGGACCAGUAUGAGAACUUAUCACUUCACACGCAGAAAGGGAUAGAGUUCCUGGAGAGGUACGGCCACUUCAUCCGGGACCGCUGCACCAUCGAGCUGGACUAUGCGGCCAAGUUGAAGAGACUCGUGAAAAAUUACCAGCCCAAGAAGAAAGACGAAGAAGACUAUCAGUACAGUUCUGGUCAGGCAUUCAAGCACGUAAUGAUGGAAAUAAAUGAUCUGGCGGGUCAGCAUGAAGUUAUUGCUGAGAAUCUUCAAUCAAAUGUAAUUAGGGAAGUCACUAUUCUUGUGAAGGAUUUUAAAGAGGAAAGGAAAAAGUUGCUUCAGGAAGGGGCUCGAAUGAUGACGAACCUGAACAAUCAGAUGUCGUCUCUGGACAGGGCACUGAAGAACUACGAGAAGGCAUUCAAGGAAGCGGAGCGUGCACUCGAGAACUUCCAGAGGGCGGAUGCUGACCUGAACUUGUCGCGAGCAGAGGUGGAGAAGCAGCGAAUGAACAUGGCAAUAAAGUCGCAGCAGUGCGAGGAGACCAAAAAUGAGUAUGCCAACCAGCUCCAGAAAACAAAUGAUCUACAGUUUCAGCAUUAUAACACACAGAUGCCAGAUGUCUUCCACCAGCUUCAAGAAUUGGAUGAAAAAAGGAUAAAGAAUAUAAAGAACUUCAUAACACAGUCGGUGCAAAUUGAGAGGAAUGUUUUCCCAAUAAUCAGCAAAUGUUUGGAUGGCAUCAUUCAGGCAGCUGAGAAAAUUAAUGAAACUGAGGACACUCAGCUGGUGAUAGAGAAGUACAAGUCAGGCUUUCAGCCGCCAGCGGACAUUCCCUUCGAGGACCUGAGUGCAAUAAAGAGUGGGGAGGCGCCCGCCAGGGUCACCCCUGCGACCAUCACGUCCAUGAGGCCGGAGGCCAUGACCGUGAAGGGCACCAUAUCGGCCGGCAAGCUCAAGAAGAGGGUGGGCCUGUUCGGUUUCCUCACCUCCAACAAGAACAAUUUUUCUGCAUAUGGGGAAAAUAAGGAGGACUAUAGUGAUCUGCCUCCUAAUCAGAGGAGAAAAAAGUUAACUCUCAGAAUAGAAGAUAUCACUGCAAAAAUACAACAGGAAACUGCAGCAAGGGACGGACUGAUGAAGAUGAAGGCAGUGUACGAGCAGAACCCGCACCUCGGCGACCCCAUGUCCAUAGAGGGCCAGCUGAACGAGUGUGGCCACCGGCUGGACAAACUGCGCCUCGAGCUGCAGAAGUUCCAGGGCUUCCUGGAGGAGGCGGAGAACACUGUUCCGAAGACCGGCGUGGUUUUGUCGUCUGUGUCCCCAAGUGCGCCUAGUCGCCGCAGCAAGUCUGUCGUCCAAGCCCACCACCUCAACGGAGGGCAUCUGCAGAGGCACCACAGAAACAGUGGUGGGUCCGGAGGCGAGGAGGACUCUCUGAGCCGCUCAGCUUCGGACUCCAGCGUGUCUAACCCGACAGUGAACCACAAACGGUCGGCACCUGGCACUCCACUUCCCUCUCAUGGCUCCUCUCACAGUCCCGAGUCCGGCCUGGGGACGUCGCACACCUCCCUCCCCGACUCGGACCCGGAGCACUCCCAGGCUGGCGACUACGUGGUGGACGGAGACGCGUUGCCGCCACUCGGCAUCUGCAGGGCUCUCUACCCGUUCGAAGCCACAAGUGAAGGUUCUAUACCCAUGAUGGAUGGUGAGGAAUUGUACAUCAUUGAACUGGAUCAAGGCGACGGCUGGACGAGAGUUCGCAGGCAGACGGACAUGGAAGAAGGUUUUGUGCCAACAUCCUAUAUUGAAUGUACACUUGAUAACACAUGUUAGUGGAAGAGUAGUUUCAUUCAGCUUGGAGUAGUAAAUAGUCCUUCAGGAUAUCUGCCUAAACAAAUUGUGUUGGUGCGUAACAGUUAACAUUCCAAUUGAUCAAAGCAUAACAGUGUAUUAGUGUGUUGCGCUUGUCUCUGUGGAAACAUAACAGCAGUGCUUUGUGGACAGCUCAGUAUUUUAAUUGGAAACUAAAUACAGUCAUUUUUUUACUCAAAUCAUUCGAGUUGUUUGCACGGUGACCGAUUGAAAGGUGUCAUAAUAUGUUCCUGUUCGUGCUUGAGAGAACAUGUAAGCAUUUGUUGUAUGUACUUUGAUGUGUUCAAAGUUAUAUUAGGUAUAACUGUAUGUACAUAUUUAACAAUAUUAAUAGUCUUAGUACAGAUUAAUUUCAAAGUGCCACUGUUUAAAUUGUGGUUCUUCAUCGUCCAUGUGUUUCUGUUACUGAGAAGAAGGUAAGACUGAUGUUGCUUUCUGUUAACAUCUUGAUGCAAAGUUGAAAACCACAUUAUGCACAUGUAUGUUCUGACAACCAAAUAAGCAGCAAAUUAAGUUUUAUGACUAUACAUCAAUUACAUCCAUUUACAGAAAUUAAGAUCAAAUUGAAUCAUUGGAGCUGCUUUAAGAAAUUUGUUUAUUUGUAAAAUCAAAUUAUUUAGAAAAUAAUAAUGUACAUGCAUUUUAUUGCUUUGUUAUUACUACAUAUGAACUUGAUUCGUAAUGAUUAUGAGAAAUUUUAUAUAUUCAGUGUUUUAAGAGGUUUUUAAAAAAUGUUAUGGAAUGCAGGAAAUAAGUUAAAACUAAGUUUUUUGAGUUUUAUCAUAGAAUUUUUACUGUUUUUUUUACUAUGUAUUUGUAUUAACUUUGUUAUUAAUAAUGAUUCGUAAGGAUAUAUUAGUACAUAUUUAAGGAUAAUUAAUUAUUAUUUUUGAACAAUUUAUAUGCACUCUGUGUUCGUUGCAUUUCCAUUGUCAGUGGUGUUCCGUACAUAAUUGUAUAAAAAUAAAUUGAGGAGUGGUGGUAAGAAAGAUUUUUUUGAACAUCUUACCAUGGAAUUUGAUACACUUUUCGAACUCAGUUCAUCACGGAACUACACUUUACAGUUACUUUAUUAAAAUUUAUUAAAAUAUAUGAAUAGGUACUCUUGGACACCAUAAAAUAUUAUGAGUUCGUGUUUUAAAAAUUAACUUCAUUGAAUUCUCAAUAUUGGUCCAAGUGAAAAUGUUUUUUAUGAGGGUAGAUAUAUGACUUUUCAACAAGCCUAUUUUGGGUUUCUAAAGUAGGUACUUUAAAAUGUUUUUUAAUUAUGAAAUCAAGCUACAAUACUAUAAUUAAAACCUUUAUUCUAGGUGGAAGCAAUCUAUUGGUUCCCUGAUAAUUUCUUCAGUAAUAUUUUACUCUGUUUAUCCUAUCUAUGUAACAUGAAAAUUCUUGGGUCUGUUUGGAAAUGUAACGUCACAUAAACAUAGAAAUUUUUGAUAAAUUUUUUUUUUUACAAUAAUGUGACAAUGGGAAUCUCAAGCAGUGAUACCAAUUUGCAGAACUUCACAUUCUCAAUUGUGUUACCUAGUUUGUUGUUUCUAUAUUGAUGCAUAAUUUUUUUCAUAAUACUGUAUGUAGAUUAUUAAGAAUUUGAAAUGUUAUGUAAAAAUGUUUUCCUUUUUUUUUGAAAUAUUUUUUGAUGUUUUCUUACUGUGAUUGCAGUAACAUUCAGUGAUGAAUCUAGUGCUUGUGCUGCAUUACAGUUAACAUAAUGCAUUGAUCAUAUUUCAUAGUCAUCAUGGGGACUGAUAUAAUGUACACUACUUGCUCUGAUUUCUGUUUUUUUUUUUAAUAGUUGCUCCAAAUUAUAAAUAGUUAAUAUAGUUUUAUUCAUAGUAUUAUUUCAUAUCCACCCUUGUGGAAAGGUUUAACAGUACAAUAUAAAAAAAAAAAUUGUGUAAAAAGUCAGUGAAAUUCUUUUAAAGGUGUUUUUCAAGGGAUUGUCAGCAAAAAAAGUCUUAGCUGAAAAAAGUAAUAGGUAUAUUCUUUCCAUAGUUUUUGUGAAAAAAUGGAAUAAUAGUAAAAUUUUUGUAUGGAAACAAGGGCCUAACAAUAUAUAAUAACAAGUUCAAAUUUCGCAUUAAAAAAAUUUUAUCUUGCAUAUUUGUUAUUUAAUAAAGGUCACUACAAAAAAGUACGACAUAUAUUCUAAAUUAAAUUUUAAAAAAAAAUUACAGUACUGUGUGCUUGAAAUUCUGCAGCUUGUGACCUCAAAAUGCCACAUACUUAGUAUUUUUAAGCAUUCAUGCAAUUCCUUUAGUUUGCCCAUGUAUUCUUUUAUGCUCCCUCACAACAAGUACAGUUGGAGCUGUUUUGUCACUUGUAAAGUCUUCUUUCUGAAAGCAGUUGGCAGUGAUGACUGUGUUCAAUGAAUUUCAAGAAUCCGCAAGGAAUUAUAGUGUACCUAAUGUAGACACUUUGUACAGUGGAGAGUUGGGUCGACCUGAUCAUGGGUUGCAACACUGAUCUGGAAUCAUCUGCAAGAAACUGUAUCUUCACUUUCAUUAAGUUUGCUGCAUCUACCACGUGGGCAGGGCAGUCAUCUCCCUGUUCCCGACUCUCAUUUUGGCUUCCAGGAAGUGCAUAUUUUGUUUAAAGAUGUGACAGGUCAUCCACGCUGAUAUGUUUGUUUACCUACAUUUUCAAAACAGUAUGGAUUUUUUGCUUCUCCAGUUAUAAAAAGCUUUUAGCAUCUCUGACUCAUCCAUGUUGGCCCCACUAGAACAGUAAAUGUCGAUUUGCUUGGCUACUACUAGGGAUGGUCGGGUACCCGAAAUUUCGGGCAGUGUUUCGGGUAUCAAUUAUACCCGAAAUUCCGGGCGGGUAUUUCAGUGCCCGAAAAUAUUGGGCACCUUGGAAAACGGCAAUACCGCACGGCGCAAGUAAACAAAGCUUCUUUUUUUUGGAACGCGCGGCAGCUGCAGGAACAUGCCACGCCGCCGCCGUCCCGGCACCAGCCGGUGAAGUGAGUGUGCGUGAGAGAUAAGAUAAAGAAGGUGCCCGGUCAGCAAGUGUGUUUGUGGGAGGGGGAGACAGAUAUAAGAGAGCGAGCCCUGCAGCAAGCGGAAGUGGUCAAGGUCAACAUUUACCGUUACUCUCGCUGGCUGACUAACGAUGCAGCUGGUCGCCCGCCUCUCUCUCUCUCUCUCUCUCUCACACACACACACACACACACACACACACACACACACACACACACACACACGUACGCACGGCGGAUGCUCACUGCUCAAUAGUCACAAAGUAGUGUUCAAGGCCGGUGGAUCUGCUUGCUGUGUGCGAGAAGGAUUAUAAGCUGACUUUAAUUACACACAUUGUAGUUGCAUGGCAUUUACAGAAAGUGGUUGUGAAUUGUUUCUAUUUAAUUCAUGUCAUCAUUUUACCAAAAUGGAUACCAGUGGAAGUGUAGGUCAAACAAUCAACAGUGACAAUGAACCUUCAAGCAGCUACCCAAACACAAUUUAGUUAAUAAGCACUUUAUUUCCAAGAUUAAUAUGCACUCUAUUUUUUAGUUUAAUGUUUAACUUUCAUAUCAGUGCGGUAUAGUAAAUAAAUAAAAACAGUUCAGGUUUGUCAAUGCAAACUUAAGUACGACUAUUUUAUGUUCAAAAUUUAUUUCAUUAACUGAUUUUGAUGCCCGACCGAGAUUGCCCGAUUCCGAAAAUUUUGGACAAUUACCCGCCCGAGCCCGCCCGAAGUCAAAUUUCUCUGCCCGACCAUGCCUAGCUACUACCAUGUCAAGCCUCUCCUAAUAAGAUAAAUGUCUUAUUAGGCAGCAUUAUGAAAGUCCUUUGGUAUGUACUUUGAUGGAAGUUUUAAGGCUUUGCCUAAUCAGGGGUGUAUUUGUGAGGCGGGUGUUUCUAGCGCGGUAUCGCCUCUAAGCGCAUGGCUCUGGACUAGUGCGCAUUCGUCUCAUUCUGCAUAGGAAAACUAUGAAAUUUUGAGUGCAUUCAUCUGUACCUGAUGUUUCAAGCCUAAACAUUAUUCUGAAAACACGCUUUUAGCCAUUUUCACUUUUCUAAAAAUACAGUUAAAAAUAAAAACAUUAUAUGGAAACUAGGGGUGAGCCGAUGCUGAUUGCCGAUUAUUAAGAUCGGCCGAUUUUGGUCAUUUUUGUCAUUUUAAUGAUCGGCUUCAUGCAUGCCGAUCCUUUUUGCCGAUUACCGCUUUCUGAAGACAAAAAAAAUCUCUACGUAACACAAAAGUGCUGACAUAUUUUUUGCUUCAGAACUGUUGCUUGACGUUUUUAAGUACUAUUUACGUUACUAACGUGUUUUAAUCUUUUCUGCAGAAAAAAAAAAAUUAAGUUAUUCUUAAAAAAUAAACAUAUUCAUGAAAAGUACGUUUGUUAAAAAAAAGUAAACAAAAGCACACCAAACCAUUUAAUAAGUCAUGCCUGUUCUUUUCGCGAUCGCGAUUAAACAACGAUAAACGCGAAAUCACCGUAAAAUACAGUUUUUACGCGAAAUCGCCAUAACACAGCGUUUUUACACAAAAUCGCAGUGUUUUAAGCGAAAUUUAAAUAUGUACUGGGUAAAAGACUUUUCUCGUCACUGGUAAACAAACACCGCAACAUGGCCGCCACUGAACAUGUCAUAAAUGCACUAAAGCAAACAAAAGCUUACAAACGCUCACGUUAUAAUGUUAAAAUCAAAAAUAUACUGUAAAAAUACGUAAAACUACGGGGUUUAUUUUCCUAUCUGGCAUAAUGUUUGGAUAGAUAAGACAAACAGGCUAAGUUUUAAAAGCCUACGCACACCGCUCAGGGCACUGACGUCAGCUUAGAACAGCGACACCCGAUAAAUACAAAAGCAAGCAGAUGAUUGGGCGAACGGUGGCGGUGUUUGGAACAGCCUUACGUGAGUGUCCAUACCACGUCAGCCGGGGGCGCUGGCAUAUAGUUGGAACAGCGUCUUAAUAUCAAGCAGAAAGCAUUUUAAAUCGCGUCAAAAAGCGGAAAAUGUAAACAAACAUUCAUUUUCGAAUUGUGUGACAAUAAUUAGUUGGUCAACAGUGUGUUAUAGAUUUUGUUAAAGGGAUUAAUAGAUUUCCAUAUUAGUUUAUGGGAACAACUAAUAAUCAGUGUCUAAAUCAAAAGUUUGUCAUAUAAAUAUAUGUAACCAAUUUGUUUAGGGUAUUCAGUAAUGAGUAGUUUCAAGUAAAAUUAUUUAACUUAAGUAAUUUGGAGCAUAUUUUACAACCAACUUAAAAGAGCACUAAUCGGUCAAAAAAAUCGACAUGAUCGGUACCACAUUUCGGGCAUCGGCAUGAUCGGCAAAUGUGGUGAUCGGCUCACCCCUAAUGGAAACAGAGUUACUCAUCUGCCCUCAGCAUAUUCUUAAAUAAGUCCGGAUCAGAUAUCGAGCAAGUUUUAAAUAGCGUGGUUUUUCUGAAGCUCUGCACACCAUGUGUGUGCCCCGGUAAGCGAGGCCCAUAAGGUAAUAACACUUUCCAUUUUCUAUUCACUUUUCAUUUACUACCCGGUACACAAUGCCCUCUUAUCAAGCCAACCAUUUGCUGCCUUGAAUUCAACAUUAACUGUGAAUCAAAUCCGUUCAGCUUUUUCUUUUAAAAUCAUGCCACUCAAUGAGAUGUUUAGUGCCCGCUGAUGUUUAGUAAAAAAAAAAAAAAAAACAUUCAAGCAAUGGAUUUCAUCGUCAUCUUAAUUUCCGGGGUUUCUUUUCGUGCACAUGUAUUAAGUUUUGCCAGCUUUUGAACAUAAUUAGGGCCUGGAAAAUUUCGGUGUUUUCAGUAUGCAAAAAGCGGUACUUUCAAAUUAGAAAAGCGGUGGUUUAAUGUCGGUAUUUACGUUAUGCGAUGGAAAUUUUACCGGUAUUUUAAAUGUUGACUAAAUUGUGCAGUUAUUGAAUUAAAUAGUUUACAUAUUUAAUAAACAAUCCAUGUAUACUAGGAAUAGACUAAUAUGCAUAAUAACAGCCAAUUAAAUCCAAAACAGUUACACAAAACAGAAACAUUGCUAUAGAUGUUUGCAACUACAAAUUUUCUUUUUUUUUUUUCUGCUGCCGAUGCCACAUGCUUAGCCGAAUUUAGGUGUUUGUCAAUGGAAUUUUUUGGGUUAAAUGAUACUUUAACCUUACGUGAGUAUUAGUGAUCUGCAAAUACGUAGAAUCCCGCGAUAUUUCGGGCCAAUUCCCACCUCCCCCCUCCCCCAAAUAUAUCUAAAUACAUAAAAAAUCGCCUUUGUUCGCAUAGAUUUCAUUAUCAAAUAGUCUAUGGAGUAAAAAAGACAACUUUUUUAAAUUCAUAUUACACCUCGGACUCUCAUACCCUGAACAAUGGGUUCCGAUAAAUACUCGCGCUAAGUGAAUUCGCGUCACCUGAGUUCGGCUAUGCUAGCCGGCUGGUGGUUAUUUUCGUUCAAAACAUGGCGAAGGAACUUGUGUGGAUCAGGUAGAAAACAUUCGGCUAUAAACGAAAUAUAUAAGAACAAUGCUAUCCUGAAAUGCUGUGACAUGUUUUUGGAGUAGAUAAUCACAGCGACAGACCGACAGGAUGCGCGGCCGCCCUUGCCAUCAGCAAUGUUUAUUUUGACAGCUCAAGCAAUUAUCUUGUCCACCUCCCUUCACAGCGUAAAAAAAAAAAAAAAAACACGUAAUGCAGACGGAAAAGUAACUACAGUAUGCAGUAAAAUAAAUAUAUUUACAGCCCUGCUAAAUUUUUCUAUUCAAUAAAAUUCGAGGUAUUAGUGAUUUUUCAGCAAAACUGCUGUGUGACUAAUAAACAAAUUGUUUCAUAAUAACUUAAACUUAUAAAGUAUUUAUUAACGGCGAAGGACAGUCGUAUAAGCCCAUAAAAAUAUUUAUUUUACCGAGAAUGGACUAUACAACCUGGCUUUUGGCGCACGCGGUGUGGGAGGGGAGGAGAAUGCUGACAGUUUCUCACGCAGAAGGUUGAAAUAAGGGAAGGAAUGUGUUGAAAUGUUAGAUGGAAAAAAAGGGGGGGGGGGGGGGGCGUGUGUUUACAUGGUUUGUGGCUCUGGGAGGGAUGAGCCUUGAAGAAUUAGCAGGGAAUGGGAGAGGUAAGCAUCGCGUCACGUCACGUAUGACGUCAAGCCGCCGCUACCGCCAGCCUGGCCGGACCAGUUUCUUACGCUCUCGCAGAAGCUACCUCAGCGGCUUUUCGUGUGGGCCGGGCGGGUAAGAUAACAUGACAGCUGAGACGACUUUUCGUGAGAUAGUGGAUGCGCCGAGCUCGGCUAGACACUGCCGCGUGGACAAUCUAGAGGGGUGGUACUAUUUUUAGCUGUCUUUUGUAUGCCUGCCUGCUUACAGUAUAGCUCUCACCAGUAUAAACGUGAACACAUAGCGCCCAACAAAGUGUAACAGACUUGUUUUUCAGCCGAUUUUACUAAAAUUUUCGACUUUCUCUGCUCAAAUUUUUCACGGUUUCUCAAAAAACGGUCGUAUAAACGGAAUGGACGCAUCAGAGGGGGGUCGCAUCGGCGGGAUUCUACUGUAAUGGUACUUUUCGGGGAUAUAUUCGCAGUGUAAUAUAUAAAUGUUGUGGUUUUUGCGAAUGUACUUACUUUUCGCGUUUUCAUGCGAAAUUCGAGCGAAUUUUCGCAAAAUUCGCGAUCGCGAAAAAUUCCAGGCCCUAAACAUAAUUAAUCUUUUUUGGCAGUAAUUGACAGCAGAAAUUGUUGCCCGAAUGUGAGGUGGAACUAAUGAUUAGAUACCGAUAGACAGUAGUCCUGACCACAAAAGAGUCUUGGGCUAUCAAAAGUUGUUUUUUCAGCACAAAACAAGGUGCAAGCAUGCUCACACUGCAUACAAUCAGCAAAUGUUCAACUGUGUGUGACAAAAUGGUGCCAACAGCAUCUAGAUGUUCAUACAUACUGCACAGCGGCGGCAUAACAUAAUGUCAUGUUUGAAAACUUCCUUCAUUUCAUUCAUAAAACAAUCUUAUUAGAAUAAUAACAAAAAUUAUUGAUAUUCAUAAUUCAUUACAUAUAUUAAUAUUGUUGGUGUUAUUAAUAAUAGGUCCAAAAUAGAAUCUACACAUAAACAACUAGGCUUAUAUCUAUAUAUUUUUGCCUAACAAAUAAUUCAUUUAAAUUUAAAAAAAAAAAAAAUUAUACAAUGCACUUUAUAUGGGGUAUUUGACCAUUUUAUAUGGGAAAUUGUAUUUGCUUUAACAUCUUAAAGAAGUUUUACUGUAAAUCUAUGGCCUUAAUGACACUAAAUAAGCAAGCUUUUCACUUUACACGAUGCUUGUCUGUGGACAGCUUGACCUUUGAUGUCAGCACAAACAGCAUGCUUUAUUUUGGGAGAAAGAAAAUAAGUGUGAUGCAAAUUGAAUAAAUCCACAUAUAGUGCACAGUUGUCCAGCAUAUUAUUUCACUAUUAACAAAUUGUAAUUAAAUUUUUUAAAAUUUUAUUUUCAUAGUGUUGUGGAUCUUUGUAUGAAAAAGAUAUUUAUUUUGGUUUUAUGUCAAGGAGAACAAAUCUUUCACAAUUCAGGGAAAUCAGAGCAUGGAAAAUAUUGUAAUACAACAAUAUGGAAAACUGGACAAUUAGCAUUGGCGAAGCAAGAGACACUUUACUGCAUUGCUUUCAAGCUAUUUCACACUCCACGCUGCUAGAUGCCACCACAGUAAUUAUUCUCACGCACUUAAAACACAUUAGACAAAAACAUAGGUACACUCCAUGUCACCAGGUUCACUAACAUCAAUUGUUUCUCUUAUUUCUUAAAGAGUUUCCCUUAUUUUCCCUAUUACGAGCAUGAGCAAUAGUGAGAAACCGUCAAGUGACUACAGGAAACUAUGAAAAAUAUAAAUCUGGAUGAACUGGGAUUCAACCCAGGCCCUUCAGAAUGAGAGUCUAAUGUUAUACCGUUCCUGCAUAAUGGAUAAGUGUUCUGAAUGUAUCACAUAUAUGCAGAUGAAACAUGCUGCCUUAUUUUUUACUCUGCCUUAUUUGUGCAGAAUCAGUUGUUGGGAACUGUGAUGCAAUGCGUAAGCUUGCCUUUCCAGGCUGCCCAUUAAGUCUUUGCAGUCCAAAGUUUUAAUAAAUUUCUUUAAUACCUAAUCUAUAUUAUAGCUGUUUUUAGCAAUUUUUAUGAAACGGACAUGAUAUAACUAGCCAAUAGUUAAAAAUGAAAUAUAACACUGUCAUAAAUGUUCUGAAGUUAUGCCUUCUGAAAGCUAGAUAAAUUCCCCCCCCCCCCCCCCCCCCCCCCACCUUUUGUUAUUAAUAAAAUGUUUUCUGCUUCAGCAAGUAGUGAAUUGUUUGUUGGUAUAGAAUGCAGUAUAGUAUCAUAUUGUAAAAUUAUAAUUAAUGUAAUUUUCUCUCAGAUGUGGUGGUGAUAAAAGCUAAACACCAAAUGUGUGUGUUAAUUAUAAGCAUUGUGUAUUGUAGUAAUUAACCAGAAGACUGCAGCAUUUUCAGAAUGCCUUGCUACUCAUUACAAACAUGUGUACGGCAGGAAUGUUUCUAUAAUAUGCAUUCAUGUGUAUUAUUAAAGAUUCAAAGCUUUGCAUAAGCAAACUGUUACAAACUGGGAAGGUUGUCAAUAUUUUAUGCAAAAUAAUUACUGUAUUUUUUGCUUGUUAAUAACUUAUACAUGUAUAUAUUAUGUAUAUUUACGUCAUGGAUAUUUUUAUUCAAUAUGUACAUAAGUAUUAGUCUUCAGUUUUUUUAAAUAUUUUUUUUUGUUAUAUAUGAGUAUUACAUAAAAUAUGUUGCCAUAAAUUAGUAAAAUUGUUUUUUUCGCGAAGUGUAUGUGGAAAACCGUACCCGUCUACUGACUAGCAACACAGUUUGUAUUUUUGACUAACCUAAAGUAUGUGCAAUAUUUCGCAUUCCUACAUUUGAAAGAGCUUUUUGCAGUAUAUUUAAUGAAUUGUAAAUGUGAAAUAAAACUGCUGUUGCAAAGAAAA